GAUACCGAUCCUACUAGUUUUUGGCUUGCCACAAAUUUUCCUCCCUAAUCUGACGGGAAAAUUGGUGUCUGAAACUCUUCCCCUGUUUCAAUGCCCAUAUUUUCUCUCCCCUCUUUGAAAUUGUAAUUCACCUUCUUCUUAUUAUUAUUAUUAUUAUGCUCCAAUUUCAUUAUUCUCUCGUAUGCAAAUGAAUUGAUUCUCUUGUUCCAUCUGGGGUUCCGUUGAUUUCGGGUUAAUCGAUUCGAUUAACCAUUAAUCUCCCACAACCCUUUUCACUUUCCCCAUCAUGAAGUUGAUCUGGGGCUGAAAAAAUACAAGUAGGUGAGGUUGAGAGGAGGCUUCAAUUGUCUUAUGAAACAAUAGUUGUGGCAUCCUCUCUGUUUGAGGUUUUAUAAAGAUAUGGAUUCAGGGGAAGGAUAUGUGUCGUCGACGAACGAGCAAAAGGAACCGUUUCAUAGCAAGGAUGAUGGCAUAAUCAAAGGGAUCCCUGCAAAAGGUGAUAAUCACUUUAUGGAUGCUAAUGACCCAAAUUAUAGCAGUAGUGAGGAGAUCGACAAAACCGCGGUUAAAAAUAUUAACAAGCGGUUUGAGGAGUACAAGAAGAAAGCGUCGAUAAUAGUCGAGGAAUACUUCGCCACUGACGAUGUCAUCUCAACCGCAAAUGAGUUAAAAGACCUUGAAAUGCCAAGUUACAGUUACUAUUUCGUAAAGAAACUCAUUUCCAUGGCUAUGGACCGUCACGACAAAGAAAAAGAAAUGGCUGCUGUUCUUUUAUCCUCGAUCUAUGCUGAUGUCAUCGAUCCCCGACAAGUCUACAUGGGUUUUCGUAAACUCGUUGAAUCUGCAGAUGAUUUGAUCGUAGACAUUCCGGAUACUGUCGAUGUUCUAGCGUUGUUCAUCGCUCGAGCAGUUGUAGAUGACAUACUUCCUCCUGCUUUCUUGAAAAAAGAAGCCGAUGCGUUGCCAGAAGGCGCGAAGGGUAUUGAUGUAAUUAAACGAGCCGAAAAAGGUUAUCUGUCGGCCCCACUUCAUGCGGAGAUCAUAGAACGAAGGUGGGGUGGUAGUCGUAACAAAACCGUUGAAGAUGUGAAGGCGAAUAUUGAUAAUUUGUUGGUGGAGUAUGCGGUCAGUGGCGAUAAGAAGGAAGCGAUAAGAUGUAUUAACGAUCUAAAAGUCCCGUUUUUCCAUCACGAGAUAGUGAAACGCGCGAUUAUCAUGGCAAUGGAGCGAAAGAAAGCCGAGGGUAAACUUCUUGAUCUGUUGAAAACUGCUUCGGAAGAAUGUUUGAUCAAUUCAAGUCAGAUUUCAAAAGGGUUCACUCGGAUCAUCGAUAUGAUUGAUGAUUUGUCGCUCGAUAUACCAAACGCUAAAGAGUUGUUACAGUCGUUGAUCUCGAAAGCAGCUUCUGAAGGGUGGUUGUGUGCUUCGUCUUUGAAACAAGUGUCGUUUUCUGAGAAGAAACUGGUGGGAGAUAGCAUUGUGAGGGCGUUUAAAGCGAAAGCACAAUCGAUUAUUCAAGAGUACUUUUUAACGGGUGAUGUUUUGGAAGUAAAUAGUUGUUUAGAGUCGGAGAAUCUUUCUUCGAUUCCGGAAUUAAAAGCGGUUUUCGUUAAACGGUUGAUCAUGUUAGCGAUGGAUCGCAAAAAACGAGAGAAAGAAAUGGCUUCGGUUUUGUUAUCGUCAUUAUAUUUCCCGGCUGACGAUGUUGUAAACGGGUUCACGAUGUUGAUUGAGUCUGCAGACGACAUUGCUUUGGAUAUUCCUGUUGUCGUUGAAGAUCUUGCAAUGUUUUUAGCUCGAGCCGUUGUUGAUGACGUAUUGGCUCCUCUACAUUUGGAGGAAAUUGGGGGCGGUUCGUUAAAACCAGAUUCUGUCGGGAACCAAGUUUUGAAAAUGGCUAAAUCUCUUCUUAACGCUCGGCUUUCGGGUGAACGGAUUUUGAGGUGUUGGGGCGGUGGCGGAAGUUACACAAACGGGUGGGCUAUCGAAGACGUUAAAGAUCAGAUCGGUAAACUUUUGGAAGAAUUCGAGUCGGGUGGUGACACGCGUGAAGCGUGUCGGUGCAUAACCGAACUAGGGAUGCCGUUUUUUCAUCACGAGGUUGUUAAGAAGUCGUUGGUAACGAUUAUCGAGAAGAAACAAGAUAGAAUUUGGAGGUUGCUUGAGGAGUGUUUUAACACGGGAAUCAUAACCCAGAUUCAGAUGUCAAAAGGGUUCGGGAGGGUGUCGGAAUCCCUUGAUGAUUUGUGUUUGGAUGUACCCGAUGCUAAAAAGCAAUUCGGUUCGCUUGUUGAACGGGCUAAAACCGUAGGAUGGUUGGAUUCGUCUUUUAGUUUUAACAAAAGCGCGAAUCCGAUGGAGAACGGGUUUCAUUCCGUAUAGUUAAUUUUGGGAAUAAACCUUUAUAAACGGGUGGGUUUAAUUCGCUUUCAAGUUACGUACUUUUACAGUUUUUGUAGUUGUUAACACAUUGGUGUUGAGAUUAUAUGCGCUUUACUUAGCAACUAGUUUCAAUCAUGUUAUUUGAUUUGACAUAAAGGUUUACAUUUUCAUAGUAUAACUAAAUGUAUUGUAUAGUUGAGAGGAUGGGUUUGUAAAAUUUGGCUCAUCAAUGGAAGGUAAGUUUUAA